GAUCUUCUCUGCUUCCACCAUUUGAUUUUGCCGAAGAUAAACGUUUUCUUGCUGUUUACGGUAGGUCUAUGUGUCAGCCCAAUAAAAAACAAGUGAGCCGGAGAAUAAAAAAAGCCCAAAAUAACAGAUUAAAAUUAAAAAGGUCCAUAAACAAUCAAUCAAAACGAGGAAACUAAUUUCGCGCUCCCUCCUUAUCUCUGAAGUCUCAAUAUUUAGUUUCACUUGCUGUUUCUCAGACUCUCUUUCUUUCUUUCUUCUCCAAGAACCCCCUUUCAGAUCGAGUCUUCGACCUGUGAAAGUUUCAGAGAAUGGACGGUCUUCCUGAUUACUAUUGUGCGAUAGUAGAGGAAUGCAUUGAAAACAACCUGACCAAGGAUGAAACUGAGAGAUAUGUACAAGAAGUCCACCAAAUCCCACUUCAACAUACCAACCGAGUUUGGGAUCAUCUUGAAAGGACGAAUCCAGAUUUAUUCAUAGCGUACCAUGCAAGGAUGCGUGAGUGCAAUGCAAGAAUCCCUCAGCGCGUUGCGAAACCUUCACCACCGGAGGUAACUUCCGCAAUGAGACGUAAAGUGCGUGGGACUAGGAAAGAAUACCGUCUAUCUCCUCCUCCUUAUUGUCGCCCUUUGUUGACUGAUAUAAAUGUCCCGGCUACAUCACCACAAGAAGCUGCUUCUUAUGCUAAUGCUCUACAGAACCAAAACCUUCAAGCCUCCCAGCAGCAGCCAGCUUAUCCCAACGACUUUUGGCAGCAGCUUUUGAGUACUUUGGGUCAGAUAAAGAGUAAUACACAGUAUUUGAAUACUUUGGGUCAGAUUCAGAGUAAUACAGACCAAAUGGUCAAACUCUUGACCGAUGGACAUGGAUUUGGACCACAUCUUUCUGCUGCGCGAUCCUCCAAGAGACAGCGAGUUGGAGAGGCAGAAGAGAGAGGUAAAAAUGAAGAAGCAGAGAAGCUGCAGAAGAAAGAGGAAGCUGACGAUAAUGAAGCAGAGAAGCCGCAGGAGAAUGAGAGAGCUGGCGAUGAAGAAGCAGAGAAGCUGCAGGAGAAUGAAAGAGGUGACAAUGAAGAAGCAGAGAAGCUGCAGGAGAAAGAGGAAGGUAACGAUGGAGAAGCAGAGAAGCUUCAGGAUUAGAUCUGCCACAAAAAAACGCAUGGAAAAGUUCUCACGUAAACAUAGUUAUUGAUUAACAGAACAUAUUGCAAAGACACAUUACUUUCUUAUUGUCAUCCUAGACACUACUACUAGGUACUAGCUACGCUGUUAAUAAAAAAACAUUGGGAACAUUUUAUUAUCUGUUUUCUUGCUUGGCCUCGCUCCAGGAUUUGUGUUGUUGUUGGUCCCAGAACCGAAACUGUGGAGAAGAGAUAAACAUAUAACAAGUUCAAAAAUACAUGUAUCCAUUCUAGCAAACCUCAGUCCAUUUAUUUGUGUGGCAAAGUAUAACCAAAAAAAAAGGAGAAAGCAAAGCACAAGUGUCUUGUGAUGCUUAUUCCUCUGACAAGAAACCCAAAAGAGAAGUGCAAAAAUCCAAAUGAGAAGGAAGCAUACGGCCUAAAGACUCGUUGAGCCAGGCAUUCCAAACCAUGCUUAUUCCUCUGACAAGAAACCCAAAAGAGAAGUGUAAAACCCGUUUUUCUCUGGAGCUAUUAUUGUUCAGACCCAAGUUGAAACAGUAAAUCCAUUAAACCUUGUUCAUAAACUCCCAUAAGAACGUUGAAAGUCAUUAUAAAUAUAUACUUAGCAAGUCAAGUAUAACCACAUAAACACUUUCAAAUUUCUUUGUUUAGUAACUUUCCUUCAAAACUUGCAAGUUAAAUAUAGUUGUUCCAACAUUACACUGAGGUAUAUCAUGUUGACAGAAAACGAUGCAAAAACGAAAAUUAUCAAAGCUAAGAACGAGAAAAGAGGUUCGCAUUAUGGCUGAAAGAAGAAACCACCUAACCCCGUUUUGGUUUCUUCUUCUGUCCUUUUGUUGUCUUUUCUGAGCUGUAGAGUAAGCUUUAGAAGGAUUGUUCUUUCUGAGCUGGAGAGUAAACGUUAUUUAUAUGUGUUGGCUUCUUAAACCAUGUCUGUUCUUCUGUUUGACUGAAUCUCAAACAUACCAUGAUUUUAGGGUUUAUUUUAAUGUGCUGGAGAUUUCUCACGACGGUUCAACAAAGAAGAGGAAAGCGAGAGAGCUUCUCGGCUAGACAUCGUGAUUAUCAACAGGCUUUCUAGGCUGCAUAGCCAGGAAGACGAGUAAAAGCCCUAAAAGAAUAUCCUAUUAUGGCCCUGUUCGUUUGCUCACCCAUGUGAUCCAUCUGGGUGAAGAUGCAAAUU